AUGGCAGGGGGUUUCAUUGGGAAUGGCUCUUCAAAGGGUAAAGCUUAUCCCGGUAAAUUAACUUUCAGAGUUCUAGUCACAUGUGUGAUUGCGGCCUUUGGAGGCCUCAUAUUCGGGUACGAUCUCGGUAUAUCAGGUGGAGUUACAUCUAUGGAUCCUUUUCUGAUGGAAUUCUUCCCAGAGGUGUAUGCAAAAGAGCAUAACUUAAAGCCCUCUGAUAACCAGUACUGCACAUUCAAUAGCCAAAUAUUAACAUUGUUUACUUCCUCUCUCUAUCUGGCUGCUCUUGUGGCAUCAAUUGGUGCAUCCACCAUAACUCGAGUAUUUGGAAGGCGUCUUACCAUGAUUUCUGGUGGUGUUCUUUUUCUUGCUGGUGCUGCCUUGAAUGGCUUCGCUCAAAACGUUUCGAUGCUUAUCGUUGGCCGCAUGUUACUUGGUUUCGGAAUUGGAUGUGCCAAUCAGUCUGUGCCAAUCUAUGUGUCCGAGGUUGCUCCCUACAAGUACAGAGGAGCUCUUAACAUGAUGUUCCAGUUGGCAAUAACUAUAGGCAUCUUUGUGGCCAAUGUUCUCAACUUUCUUUUUUCACAAAUGAGGAAUGGGCAAGGCUGGCGCUACAGCUUGGGUUUUGCCGCAGUCCCUGCGAUAAUGAUCAUUAUAGGUGCAAUCUUCCUUCCUGACACGCCAAGUUCAUUGAUUGAGCGUGGUCUUGAUGAACAGGCCAAGGAAGAAUUGAUUAAGAUUCGUGGCACUCGUGACGUUGAUGAGGAGUUUGAAGAUUUGGUUGCAGCUAGUGAAGCCUCAAGAGCUGUGAAAAAUCCUUGGGCCACAUUGUUGAAGAGGCGCUAUAGGCCUCAGCUCACGAUGGCCUUAGCCAUUCCCUUCUUCCAACAACUCACUGGCAAUAAUGUCAUAACAUUUUAUGCUCCCGUUUUGUUUAAAACUAUUGGUUUUGGUGCCACUGCUUCCCUUAUGUCUGCCAUGAUUACCGGAGCAACUAACGCACUCGCCACCUUUGUUUCUAUUGCUACUGUUGAUAAGUUCGGUAGACGUACUCUUUUCUUAGAAGGCGGUAUUCAAAUGUUUAUAUGUCAGAUUGUGACAGCUGUGGCAAUUGCAUCUAAAUUUGGAGUGGAUGGAAAUCCAGGUGAGUUGCCCAAGUGGUAUGCUAUACUUGUUGUGAUAUGUAUCUGCGUGUACGUGGCAGCAUUUGCAUGGUCUUGGGGUCCUCUAGGGUGGCUGAUACCCAGUGAGAUUUUCCCACUCGAAGUGCGAUCUGCUGCUCAGAGUGUCACUGUCUCUACCAACAUGAUCUUCACCUUUGUCAUUGCUCAAAUUUUCACCUCCAUGCUCUGCCACAUGAAAUUCGGGUUGUUCAUCUUCUUUGCUUUUUUUGUUGCUAUGAUGACCGCUUUCAUAUACAAGUUUCUACCAGAGACAAAGGGUGUUCCAAUUGAAGAGAUGACAGUUGUGUGGGAGAAUCACCCUUACUGGAAGAAAUUCGUGGCUUCCACUGAUGAGAAACAGUCUGCAGACCCUGAAAUUUGA